CCAAUAUAGUUUUAGUAGUUGUAGAUUGUAACAAGCAUGUGUUCCAAGUUCCAACUUUAUUUAUUCACUUUUGGAAUCAAAACACUUCCUCUCUUAUCUCCUCCCUCUUACAUUCAUUUUCUGUAUGGUUAGUAUGUACACAUAAAAUAAAUACUAGUACAUAGUAUUUAGUAUUUAUUUACGAGGAGUUAAUUUAACUCAGUUCCAUGCAAUUUGGGAAAUUAGAAGUCACAGAAUCAAAGCUGUCACUCUUUGGCAUGUUAAGUUACAGCUUUUUCUUGACUUUCUGCAGUUUUUGAAGGUGAAAGUCUUGCAAACAGAAUCAUACAUUGCGAAACAUAGCAGUUCAUGAUGGAUAUUGAAGAAGCAGAAAGAGUAGUUGUUGCCAAACCAGUUGCUUCAAGGCCUACUUGUUCUUCUUACAAAUCUUUCUCAGAACUUCUAGCAGGUGCAAUCGAUUCCACUCCUCCAAUUGCAUCUUCUCAAACUACAAUAUCCGCCAUUAGGCCAAAGACAGUGAGGUUCAAGCCAGCAAUGAAUAUCCCCCCUUCUCAGGUUAAUAUUUCUGGAGGUGCACUUAGCAGUUCUUCUGACAUGGAUCCCAAACCUGAUACCAAUCAAUCUCUCAUUUACAAACCAAUGGCAAAAUUUGUGUCACAAACAACCGUCUCUCUGUUGGCAAACAUGGGAAUUUGCAGUACUAAUCAGCAACAACCACAGAAAUCAAGGGAGACCAAUCCUCAGCAUCUUAACCAUGACAACUUUAGAGCUAACAUGAGCUCGAAAUUACAUCAGAACAUUACCCUUCCUACAGAAACAUAUCAGGCCACAGAAUCUUGUAUGAUGGCACCACAGAACAUUGAGGAGGACCAAAAAGCAUUACCAUCCACAAAUAAUGCUGAUAGACCUUCGUAUGAUGGAUAUAACUGGAGAAAAUAUGGACAGAAGCAAGUAAAAGGAAGCGAGUAUCCUCGAAGUUAUUACAAGUGCACAUAUCCUAAUUGUCCAGUUAAAAAGAAAGUUGAAAGAUCAUUAGAUGGUGAGAUUGCAGAAAUUGUUUAUAAAGGUGAACACAACCAUGGAAAGCCACAACAUCAAAAGCGAAACUCGGGAGCAACAUCAGGAAUGAUUUCUGAUGGAAUGGUUCAAGAUAAAGUAUGGAGUAAUAAUAGUAAUCAGAAUGAAAGGAAUGAAGGAAGAAUAGAGAAUCAAGUCAAAGCUUCACUGCCUGAUGAUUCUGCUCUAGAAACUUCUUGUGGUCUAAGUGGGGAAUGUGAGGAAGGAAGCAAAGGAUUUGAGGCAGAGGAAGAUGACUCUAGAAGUAAAAGAAGGAAAAAUGAGAAUCAAUCAAAUGAAGUGGCAGUAUCAGAGGAAGGUUUAGUAGAGCCACACAUUGUUAUGCAAAGUUCUGUGGAUUCUGAAGUCCUUGGAGAUGGCUUUCGCUGGAGGAAAUAUGGGCAGAAGGUGGUGAAGGGAAAUCCAUAUCCCAGAAGUUACUAUAGAUGUACUAGUAUCAACUGUAACGUUCGCAAGCAUGUGGAGAGAUCAAUAGAUGAUCCAAAAUCAUUUGUGACUACAUAUGAAGGAAAGCACAACCAUGAGAUGCCACUCAAGAACACAACAAAUAUGACAUCUGAAAAAGAUUCAACGACUUCUCUUAAGUAAAGAUAAACCAUAUUGACACUACAUUUUCAUUUAUUAGUUAACAAUAACAGUAUAGUUAUUAUGACUAAAUGCUUUGGAUCCUCUUAUAGAUGGUGACAAUUUGGAAUGUAGUAACUACAGAGACUGGGUUAUUUACUUUCUGUUGCAACAUUUGAUGACAGCAGUCUGUCUGUCUUGGAAUUUGGUGUUGGUUUGUAACUUCGUAUACUAUUCUGAUAACACUGCCACUAUUGUCCUUCAAUAACUUUUAUGCUAUUAUCAUUGAUCAUUAGAGAAAAUUA